CUAGCAAUAUGGCGACUAUCCGGAGAGUGUACGGACUCUGGAAACCUAUCAGUUUUUAAACGAGAAAAUAGCGACGUAACGUGUGAGAAAAUGUGGUGGGGUUAGCCUGAAGGACUAGUGCCGCAACGUUUUAAAUAAUGUUUGCAGAGGCCAGUCUGUCCGUCUGGGGAUGGGGGGGUCUUGGAGUGGUGCUCUUCCUCAUCACGUUCGGCCCCUUUGCCAUCUUUUAUCUGGCCUUUUACAUAGUCUGCUUUGUUGGAGGGGGCUUUGCAGUCACACUUUUAUUUGGAAAGACAAACUCCGAGAAACACCUGGAGAGGUGCGAACACUCGUACCUGCCUGCGACGCACACCGGUAUACUAAAGACUUUGGAUGAGAUGAGGAUGGAGAUUAAACCCAUCAAGAUCGACCGCAGGCUCACAGGCUCCAGCUUCAUUGAUGAGCCACUCCAACAGGUGAUCCAGUUUGCGCUGAGAGACUACAUCCAGUACUGGUACUACACGCUGAGCGAGGACGAGUCUUUCCUGCUGGAGAUCCGGCAGACUGUGCAGAACGCUCUGGUCCAGUUUUCCACCAGGUCUAAGGAGGUGGACUGGCAGCCUUACUUCACCACGCGGCUGGUAGAUGACUUUGCCACACACCUGCGCGUGUUCAGGAAAGCCCAGGAGAGGCUUACUGACCGGGACGACCCCAAACAACGAGAGUCUUCUGAGGAGCUGCUGGAGUCCUUCUUCGAGGCAGAAGUGGAGAUGGAGAGAAAGAUCUGUCGGGACAUGGUGUGCACCUCCCCCAAAGACGAAGAAGGCUUCCUCAGAGACCUGUGCGAGGUGCUGCUGUAUCUGUUACUACCUCCGGGAGACUUCCACAACAAGAACAUGCGAUACUUCCUCAGGGAAGUACUCGCCAGAGGCGUUCUCCUUCCCCUGAUAAACCAGCUCAGUGACCCGGAUUAUCUCAAUCAGUUAGUCAUAUGGAUGAUCCGGGACUCAAGCUGUAACUACGAGGCCUUCAUGACCAUCCUGAAGCUGACAGACAAGACCAUCGAGCUGGAGGCGGUCAAGGACAAGGUCCUGGAGGAGCUGCAGUAUCUACGCUCACUAGAUACUGCUGGAGAUGACAUAAAUAUGAUCAAGAAUCAAAUCAACAGUUUACUGUUUGUGAAGAAAGUCUGUGAAACAAGGAUACAAAGGUUGCAAUCAGGGAAGGAAGUGGAUGCGAUGAAGCUGGCGGCGAACUUUGGGAAGCUGUGCAUCAUUCCACUGGAGCACAUCCUGGUGCACAACAUCGCCCUGCAGUUCUUCAUGGACUACAUGCAGCAGAUGGGCGGUCAGGCGGACCUGUUCUUCUGGCUGACGGUGGAGGGCUACCGGGUGACGGCGCAGCAGCAGCUGGAGGUCAUGCUGAGCUGGCAGAAGGACGGCAUGAAGCAGGGCAGCCAGACCAAAGGCCUGCUGAAGGCCGCCGCACUGGGCGUCUACGAGCAGUACCUCUCCGAUAAGGCAUCUCCGAGAGUACAGGUGGAUGAAGCGUCAAUUCUCAGGCUGGCUGAGAAACUCAAUACAGAGGAUCCCACGCCGGAGAUAUUUGAUGAUAUUCAGAGAAAGGUGUACGACAUGAUGCUGCGAGACGAGCGGUUCUACCCGUCGUUCCGGCAGCACCCGCUGUACGUGCGCAUGCUGGCCGAGCUGGACAUGCUGAAGGAGCCCAGCUACCGCGGCUCGGACGACGGGGACGGAGAGUCCUUCAACGGUUCUCCGACUGGGAGCAUAAAUCUGUCGUUGGACGAUCUGACCAAUGCCAGCGCCGAGGAGGCCCUGCAGUUCCACGCCUACAUCUCGGACACCGCUGAUGCUUUUCUAAACACCCUUCCCGUGGCAGGCGUGUGCAACGACCACGGCAAGACCUACGCCCUCUACGCCAUCACCGUCUUCCGCAAGAACGCCGACGGCAGCGAGGACACCUGGAAGACCUACCGUCGCUAUAGCGACUUCCACGACUUCCACAUGCGAAUCACAGAGCAGUUUGAGAACCUCACAACCAUCCUGAGGCUGCCAGGCAAGAAGACCUUCAACAAUAUGGACAGAGACUUCCUAGAGAAGAGGAAAAAAGACCUCAAUGCGUAUCUACAGCUGCUACUCAAUCCAGAGAUGGUGAAAGCCUGCCCCACCCUCACCCCCUACAUCUACGACUUCCUGGAGAACAAGGCCUACAGCAAGGGCAAGGGCGACUUCGCACGCAAGAUGGACACCUUUGUGAACCCCUUGCGGAGUUCCAUGCGUAACGUGUCCAACGCGGUCAAGUCCUUCCCCGACAGCCUGGCCGAGGGCAUGAACAAGAUGUCCGACAACAUGGGCCGCAUGUCUGAGAGGCUAGGCCAGGACCUCAAGCAGUCCAUAUUCAAGGUCCCGCCUAUGAUCCCCAAGUCCGACAUCGGGCCCGAACACUGCCGAGUCUCAGCCCAGCUGGACGACAAUGUUGAUGACAACAUCCCGCUACGGGUGAUGCUGCUCCUGAUGGACGAGAUCUUCGACCUGAAGGAGAGGAACCAGUGGCUGAGGAGGAACAUCAAGAACCUGCUGCAGCAGCUCAUCCGCGCCACCUAUGGAGACACCAUCAACAGGAAAAUUGUGGAUCAUGUUGACUUCAUGACGUCACCGGAGCAGGUGGCUGACUACGUGAAGAAAUUCAGGGACUCCUACUGGCCCAAUGGGAUCCUGGCAGAGACUCCACCCCGCAGAGACAAAAGCAUCCGCAUGAGGACCAGGGUGGCGGCCAAAACCAGCCUGCUGGGAAUUAUGCCAGACGAGCUGAAGCACAUCAUCGGGGCGGAGACGACGCGCAAAGGCAUCCUGCGCGUCUUCGACAUGUUCCAGCACCAGCAGCUGAACCGCCGGCUGGUGUACGUGCUGCUGGAGGGCUUCCUGGAGACCAUGUUCCCGCAGUGCAAGUUCCCCGAGCUCUUCGUCCAGCUGCACUCGCGCUCGCCGCGCACGCGCCGCUACUCGCAGAGACUCAAGGCCUCCUCGCUCAAGAGGUGACAGGCCCGGCCCGGACGCGCCGAGAGCCCGCCGCGCCACGCCACGCGGGGAUGCCUGGUCCGCCACCGCCGAAACCGCUACGCGUUCCUGUCCCGGCGUUGUGAUGUGACGACGACGACGACGACGAUGACGACGGCAAAGCCACCACCACCGCCGCCGCCGCCGUCGUCGCUAACGCUAAUGCUAACGACGACGACGACGGCAACACUGACACCGCCGCGGCCCAACCCCCACCCCGACCCCUCUCACGACCGAGCAACACUUCCGCCGCCGAUCACGCCACCUAACCCUUCCUGCUCGCGCUCCCACCACCGCCGCCACCGCCACCACAGCGAGCGCUAAGGUCGGGAGGCUAACGGGGCCUGUGGGAGGUGGGGGAGGAUUCAUGUCCAGAGUGGAGUGGUUUGGACUGUAGUGGGCGGUCUGGCUGAGGGUAAGGAGGGAAACGAGCGUGGUUGUGUCUCUGUGUGUUUACGUGUGUGUGUGCGUAGGGGUUUGUGUGUGGGGGGGGGGUGAGUGGGUCAAUACGCAGUGGCUUUAGGACUGCAGAUGUGAAUGGGACGUCCCCUGUGUCACUAGCAGCUGCGUCGCGACUGACACGUCCUGUCUUCACAUCCUCUGGCCCCCCUGCUCCCCUCCUCCCCCACCCCUCCAGGCCCUCCUGAGGUCUUUUUGUGAAGCGCUGUACCCACACACGGAUGUAUCGCAGAGGACCCUCGCCCCUCCACACACCUGUCUUCGUCGUGAUGCAUCUACUCAUACGAGACACUUUCAGAAAAACAAGUUCACAACUCUACAUCUCUACCACUAAGAUGCUCGGCUAUAGCAGACAGCAUCCUGUGUUUGUAAUGUUUUCUGUGUUCUGCGUUUCUUUUUGUUUUUCGGUUUGUUGUUGUCGUUGUUGUUGUUGUUUUUGACUACAACAAAAAUGGCUGCAGUUUGGGAUGCACAGAUCCCAGACAAAAAUAUAAUUGUUUUUGUUUUUGUUUAUGUUUUAAUUCUAAAUCACUAUGGUGAAUCACCCGUAGUGCAGCUGCCAUUCGAGAGUAGUACACAAAUACUGUUCCAUUUUUAAUGUCCGAAGUCUGAAGAGGAAUCCGAGGAGAGAGGGCUAAACCGUUAGUUCUCAUCAAUUCGCCACUCUUCUUAAGCUUACCCAAGGCUUGCAUUAGGAUUUUAAUGGUUGGCAGAGUUUUUAAAAUGCACCGUAAUUCACCUUUUACCAUAUAUACGAACUAUACAUGCGUAUGAAUAUGUGUUUAUUAACCAAAUAUAGUUGUGGCACCGAUGCAAAAUGGCUUCUGACAACAGAUGCAGCACCUACAGUUUUAUUCCCCUUCUGUCCGUCUGGGUGCUGGGGAGAGUGGAGGAGGGAAGCUUAGCCCAAGGGGCAGUUUCUGCUCAAUAUGUGAUAGUCAGUGACCAUGACGAAAUACAAAACUCUAUCUGUGUGUGUGCGAGUGAGUGUGUGUGUGUGUAUGUGUUUGUCAUUGGGAGAGGGAAUUUAAGAGAGCACAACUGUUUCUCUUGUCGUUAAUCCAACAGAUGUCAGUAUGUUCUUCAAAAAGUUAUUUGAAAAAUCAAACACAUCAUGGAAAGGGUAUGUUUGUGUGUGUGUGUGCGUGUGUGUGUGUCUGCCUGCCUGCCAGUGAGAGGGAGAUGCGUGUCCUGGUUGUGAUUGCAUACGCUUGUGUUCUUGAAUUCUAAAGAGAAAAAAAAAAACUAAAAGCAUAUUUGGAGAUAUGCUGCAAAGAAUGUACCUAUCUUUGGUGAAGCUGUGUCCGCGUGCGUAAGUUUUAUAAACUCGGUCGGAUGGAGGCCCAUCAGGACACUCUGGGAUCAUUGUAUUCACAUGUGUUUUUUUUGUUUUGUUUUGGUUUGGUUUUCUUUGUCGUGUUCCUUUUAUUUUUAUGAAAUCCGUGUGUAGCACUAAAACACAGGCCUACUAGGUGUCAGAAAACUGUGCCAGUUUGAACUUAGAGACUCAGCCUUAACUCUAAAGACCAAGAGAUGCGGACACUAGCAGUAGCUCCCCCUCACUGCAAAAACAUGCACAGACAGAUGUUGGAGACAACAAAAAUAGCCCAAUCUAAUUGUACUUUCUUUCAAAGAAUAUCAUUUUUGUGCAAUAUUUGCUUUCUUUAAUGCAUGUGUAUUUGAAUAACUGUGUAUGAAAAGAAAAUCAUGUUUUCAGAAAUUAAAAAGAAAAUUUGAGAGAAUUGAGAAAAAAAAAAGAAAAAAAAGAAACCUAAUCCCGACAACUCACAUUCCAUUGUUGUAACAUACAAAAAAGUUUGUUUUAAAGACUUGUUUUAUAAGUCUGUUUUUGUUUUGCUAUUUCUUUUUUGUUUUGUCAUCACUCCUGGGUAAUAUCAUGCAUCAUUUGUGAUCACAUGGCUAUUGUAAACCCCCUCUCUCCCUGGAAACAUAGAAAGAGCACACUGUAUGAAAUGACUUGUAUGAAAAAUUUAUGAAACACAUAUGAACAAAAAUGAUCACUUACAUGACUGAGUGUGUGAUUGGUUGCACAUCACAUUUCCAGUCUUCGCAUCAGAGUCUACAGAGGAGAGUAGAUUGAUGCACCUCUGGUUGAGGGCCUGUGCUAUACCAGGAGCAGCCACAGGGGGGCGCGGGUGAUGUCUGUGCCCCUUGUAUAUUGGUCUAUGGGCAACCCCCCCCUGGGCAUUCAAACUAUGCCACAUGGGUUAUGACUGUGCUAUAUAUUCCUCCUGAAGGCAUAACACUUACACUGUUGGACAGAUGAGAUGAGAGGUCUCUUGUAGCCUGAUGUCAUGGGAUUACAUUUUAUUUUGUUUUAUUUUAUUUUAUUCUUUUCGGUUGUUGUUGGUGGUAGCUGUUCUUGUUUCCUGUUUGUUGGAAUUUCAGACCUGGAUCUGAUUAUUGGACACACAAAAACAAAAAUAACAAAAAAGAAAACAUUAGUUUCUCGCCAGUGCAAAUGUCACGGCAGGGCUUUCUGCUCCAAUUUAUCAGGAGCUGGGCAAACAUCCUGCCGUCUUGUAUGACCAAUGAAAUACAAACACUUACUGAAGAAGAAUUACCACAAAACCUCAGUCACCUUGCAUCGUUUUACCUUCCUGUUUAUUUUUUCCUUUCUCUCAGAACGCUGUGAUAUUGCCCAGCUCUGGGUAGCUAUAUCGUUUGCUGUGAUUGGCCCUCCUGUGGUGGCUUCUUGUCUGAAGAGCCAAUGAGUGGCCAGCACUGACUCACUGCAGUCUGCUGUGAUUUGGUUCUGGUCUGACCCAAACCCACGUUCCCCUCUCUGUCAAAGCCAAGUCUGGCAGUCUGUUUGCACCAUCACUUUCACUGGGCUUCCUCAUCUUUGUCCAUAUUUGACUUCUACUUUUGUGCAAAUGCUUCCCCCCAAACAAUGCAGGAUUGCUUGUCUUUUCUUUUCUUUGUUUAUUUCUUUUUCUAAAUCCCCAUACAUAUGAAUCUAUGAUACUGAAAUGUGCAUAUCGGUGUACAGUAUUUGUCAACAGUGUGCCUAAAUGUACUGUCAAUUAUAUUUUCUUAUUUUUCUUUAAGAAAAUGAAAAAAAAAAUCAAUCCGAAUGUCAUGGUUGUUUUUAAUAGACUGAAAAGAGUACUCUAAGAGGAAAACAACGUUUAGAGUGUUUGCAUCAUGCUUCUGAAAUAUUCCUUUUGAGCAGCUCAACUCAGUAUAACACUAAUAAAACUUUAACUCUGA